GGAACAUGUCAUGUUGUGCUCCCAGAUGAGCUCCUAUUGACUAGUUCAGCAAACUAACAAGAUCACGCUGUGCUACUUCGUAGCCGUGUGCUUACCUGAGAGCAAGUUGCGGCUGUGAGAGAUGACGCCCACAGAAAUUGACCGCAUGUUGCGGCCGCUGCCGCUGAAGGAUUUAAGGAUUUUGGCCCGCGCCAGAGGUUUGAACCCAGCCGGUGGAAAGGAUCAGCUUGAGGAUCGCCUGAAGCAGCAUAUGAUUUCAACGGGGAAUUUCUCUAUUCAGCUGCCAGUAGAGGGUGCUGAGCCGGCUGUGCCAUCUGGGUAUGCGGUGGCUCCUCAAGGCUACCAGCAGUACACGACCGGCGUCUCCAACAACAACUACUCUCGCCCGGCUGGGCAGCAGAAUGUCGGCAACUUUAUUACCGACAGGCCUACCAGCCACGUGAUGGCCCCGCCCGGUGGACGCAGCACCGUGCAGCUGGGAGGCUACCCGGAGCCCGUCGCACCGGUCCACCACCAGCAAGCGCCGCCCUCGCAAGUACCCUUCGGCUCUCCUCAGCAGGGCCAGUAUGCGUACGGUGCGUCGUCGCAGGACGUUCGUGGAGGCAGUCUAGCCAACAACUAUUCAAGGCCUGGGGGCCAGCAGAAUGUUGGCAAUUUCAUCACAGAUCGUCCCUCCAGCAGGGUGCUGGCACCGCCCGGUGGCGGCUCCCAGAUUUCAUUCGGCGACUACAAUGCGGGACCUGCGCCUGCGCAGUACUCGCCCCCGCCUCCGCAGUACGGCUCGCCAGCCCCGCAAGCCCACUCCGGCUACGGCGUAGGCGGCCCCGAUGGGCGGCCCGUUACCGCAGGUGCCAAGUCGGGUGAGGCCGCCCACGGCGCCCUUUCCAACAACUACUCGCGCCCGGGAGGACAGAACGUUGGCAACUUCAUUACAGACCGCCCCACAAGCAGGGUGUUGGCCCCUCCGGGAGGCAAGUCUCAGAUCUCCUUCGGCUGAGCAGCUCAUGAUGGCGCCAGCAAUGCGUAGCUGCUGUGGCGCCUUUCUUCGAGACUUCUGCACUUGCUGUCACCGACGCAACGUGAUGCAGGCGGGACUUGGCGAGGCUUGCCCGAUGUGUUCAGCGCGUUGCAUGCAUGACAUGAUGUCGGGUUUAUGUUUGUUCAGGAUUCUGACUCCCGUUUGUGCGGAUUUCGGACCCAGCUAUUACCCUAGUAACUCUUCUGUGCUAAGUGUGCGUUCGCGCUGAACUGUGCGGCGUGCGGCGUGGCGGGGCUUGAAGUACGGUGAUGGUUUUUGAGAUUGUAAGAACCAUACUGACGUUUUUGUACCCUGUAUUUUAACUCGGCGACUAGCGUCGACGGUGCAGGAGUUCGCCUGUAAAUAGCUGAUUUCUGUAGGUGGAGUGUGCGCUCUAUGCAAUGGCCAUGUAGAUUUGACAGUAAGCGCUUGCUUACCGGUAUAUGUCGUACAUGUUACAAAGCACCAAUGGGUGUGCACUGGCCCCAAGGGACUGAUAGGAUUGUAAUCGGCAUACGUGAAAUACAUAGCAAUCCUACCUCCUGCGAACCUAGAAGGCCUCACAGCUGGGAGUGGAGCAUCGCUGCCAACCUUCCAACUGACAGAAUAUCCGUAACAUCCAUCAACAGCAAUACUG